AUGGAAACGUCCUUCGCAAUCACUGGCAAAGGCUACACAAUCGUCGCCGCAGACACAACCGCAGCAAGGUCAAUCGUCAAGAUGAAGAUCGACGAGGACAAAAUCAAAGUCCUUGGCCCUCAUCUCCUCAUGGCAUACUCUGGAGAACCAGGCGAUACCGUACAAUUCGCUGAAUAUGCGGAACGCAAUAUCCGAUUAUACCAGAUUCGCAAUACCUAUGCUCUCCGUCCAUCAGCAGCAGCUUCAUGGAUACGACGCGCUCUCGCAGACUCUCUGCGCUCCAGGAACCCCUAUAGCGUCAACCUUCUUCUCGGUGGAUACGACACCGCAACACAUGACCCACACCUCUACUGGAUUGACUAUCUCGGCACCAUCACUCGUGUGCCUUUUGCAGCGCACGGGUACGGCGCUUACUUUGCGCUCAGUUUGCUCGAUAGGUACCACAACCCCGAAGCUUCGCUCGAAGAAGGCCUGGAGACGCUCAAACGCUGUAUCGACGAAGUGGCGAAGCGAUUAGUCGUGUCGCCGGGCAAGUACAAAGUGAAGGUGGUCGACAAGGAUGGUGUUCGAGAAAUCGAGAUUUGA